GCGUGCGCACUCUCAGGCUAGUGAUUUGGCGACGUGUACCCGGUGUGAGAAAGUGUUUAGGUUUCUCAUCACCGUUACAAGAUUCCCCCCAUAAAGCCCCUUAAAGACAGAAACCAUGGGAGGAUCUCAGAGCGUGGAGGUCCCAGGAGGAGGCUCAGAAGGUUACCACGUCCUCCGGGUUCAGGAGAACUCGCCAGGGCAUCGGGCAGGACUGGAGCCUUUCUUUGACUUUAUUGUGUCCAUCAAUAACACCAGAUUGAACAAAGAUAACGACACCUUGAAGGACUUGCUCAAAGCCAAUGUGGAAAAACCGGUAAAGAUGCUGGUGUACUCCUCAAAGACCCUGGAACUCCGGGAAACCACGGUGACCCCCAGCAACCUGUGGGGAGGCCAGGGCCUGCUGGGCGUAUCCAUCCGCUUCUGCAGCUUCGAGGGAGCCAACGAGAAUGUCUGGCAUGUGCUGGAAGUGGAGCCCAACUCCCCUGCAGCCCUCGCUGGCCUCCGGCCGCACACUGACUACAUCAUCGGAGCGGACACUGUUAUGAAUGAGUCAGAGGACCUCUUCUCUCUGAUAGAGAGCCACGAUGGAAAGGGCCUGAAGCUCUACGUUUACAACACAGACACAGACAACUGCAGAGAGGUGGUCAUAACGCCCAACGGCUCCUGGGGAGGGGAGGGCAGCCUUGGAUGUGGGAUCGGUUACGGAUACCUCCACAGGAUUCCCACCCGUCCUUUUGAGGAAGGGAAGAAGAUCAGCUUUCCUGCCAGUUCUUCUGCAGAGCCGGUCAGUCCACUGAAAGAUGGCUUCACAGAGGUCCAGCUCUCUGCUGUAACUCCGCCCACCUCCACACCUCUCGUCUCAUCCGGCCUUGAAAACGCACUCUCUGGCCUGUCUAUCACCUCCGCUCCACCUCCGAUGCCCAGCGAGCUGCAGACGGGCCUGCCCACAGUCCCUCUCCUCCCCUCCACCUCCAGCUCCACCUUCGCCUCCCUCCCUCCACUGAAUCCUGCUGCCACUGGUUUUAACCCAGCCACAACGCUACCAGGUCUAAUGCCUCUCCCAGGAGGAUUACCGCCACUCCCCAACCUUCCCAACCUGAACCUGCCCCUCCCAGACCUCAGUGCCGUGUCUCUGUCAGGCCCCGGCUCCAUACCACCAGGAACCACAGUCCCCUCUCUGGCUCAGCUGCCGCCCCUGUCCCUACCAGCUCUGGGCCAGUUCCCCCCGCUGCUUCCCACGCCUCCUCUGCUGUCUCAGACCUCCGCCCCCCUCAUCCCGGCCUCUGGCACCACCGCCCCCAUAGCUUCCGUCACGCUUGCCUCGUCGCCCAACUCCGCAGCCACCACAGAGCCAGACUCCACAAAGGCGACAGAAUCUCCAGCCCCUACGGAUACGACACUAACGCCAUCGUAAUGUGGCCAUUAAACUGUAACGCACCUGGUUUCCCACUCUUUUUUUUCCUCCCAUCUGUCUUUCAGUGGUUUUCUAUUUAUUUGGCCAGGAGAGAGCAGGCAACAGAUGCACCAACGCAGACAUUUUUCCAGCUGAGAGCCUGGUUAGAGUGGAAAUAAAGAGACGGACGUUGGUUCUAGAUCAGUCCGUGUUGCUGUAAGGAGAACUGGUAGCACUGCAGCUUGUCAAAUCUACUGUAAGAGCAGCACUGCUUCACACUUCUGCAGUCACCAGGUCAUGUUUCCCUCUUUUUAAAAACCUAUAUAACCUUUGUAUGUUACUGGAGCUGGAUAAGGACAGAUUUUUAAAUGGUGAGGCAACAUAAACUCCAUCACUGCUGUAUUAAAAAUAUAUACAUCGCAUUAAACAAAGUAGAUUUUGUCCAGCUCCUUUCUGUAACCCUUUUAUUAACUAACGGACCCCUUCCACAUUAUUAGAAAGAUUGAAUUAAUGUGUAGUUAAUUUUGAAGUUCCCCUGAAUGAAUCUGCAUUAUUUUGCACCACCUUUUUGUUUUUUUGAAAUGAUUAUUCCCUUUAUACAUCUCCAUGUUAAUGCAGAGCUCGGUGAUGCACAGUAUGUCAGUGAUAGGGUGAAGGUUAUACCAGAGGAAGCCCAGGUUCUCGUCUACUUGAGCUUCUGAGCCCAGAGAGGAGUUGUUUGGUAGUCCUGCUUGGUAGGGUCAUAGCUGCAGUACAGCCACAAAAGGUCUCUGUUUAAAAUAAAAACACAUCUGCAGGAUGCACAGUGCAAGCAAUAAAGCCAAAUGAGUUUUAUCAAGU